UUUAGAGGUUCACAGUGUUGCAGACUUAGGGACGCUUAUUAGAAGCUGCAGAACUUCCCCACUGAGAACGUGUGGGUUCUGAAGUGCAUGUCAGGUAGAUUUCCAUUUUAAUCCUUUGUCAAUUUCCAUUUUAAUCAUAGGAUGUUGCCAUACUGCAAUUUCAUACCUGAACCUAGUUGCUAUGGAAAGGAGCCUUGCUCAUCUGGUCUUAGCUGAGACCACUGCAGAGAUUCUGGGCUUAAACAGGAAAUCAAAGAAUGGUUUGGAAAAUGGAACCAAAGACAUGGGUGUUCCUGGCUGGUUAGUAGUAGGUCGGUUGUAGUAGACCUACUGCAGUAGACUGGGUACUUCCGGCUGGUUAGUGCUGUAGUAGGUGGGGAUUAAAAAAGGUAAGCGUUCUUUGGAAGGCUGUUGUGUAGGCAUGCUGCUAGCCUAGAAUAGCAAUUAGCUAGCAUUUAUAUUGUGCUCACCAUGUGUCAAGCUCUGUUCUAAGCACUUUAUACAUACUGAUCAUUUAAUCUUUACAAUGACCUGAGAGUUAGGGGACACUACUAUUACCCCCAUUUGGCAGGUAAUGAAAUUGAGGCCUUGAGAGGAUGAGGCUCAGGAGGGGGCUUAGAUCACUCCUGGAGGCUGCUAGCGGUUUGACUUGGCUAGUGUUUCCAAAUGUCUACCUUGCUGCCCCAGGAGCACAUGUUUCUCCACUCCUGUGAGCAUCCCCCCACCCCAGACUAUUUUCAGCCAUAAGCUCUUGGCCCUGAUGGUUUAGUUUUCUUACCAGUUCCCCUAUGAGGUUGGCCUGAUCUGGAGGCAGCAGAAGGGCCUCUGGACCCCUGACCUUUUGGCUGGAAUAUUGCCAUAGAUUCAUCCUUCCUACAGUGUUUGAAGUAGGUUCAUCAUUCAGGUCUCCUGGAGUUGGAGAGAUUCAUUCAUGCGUCAUUACAUACUGACAGUGUGUUAUCACAGACAGUAAAUUUUAGGUAAGCAAAUGGAAUGUGCAAAUAUUCAUCUGGUGAAGACUUUAAUAUUUGUGUUUCCUUAAUCCUUAAUGCUUAUAGGUAAAUCAGAAACUUUUUGAGAAAUCAGAAAAUGGGGGUAUUGAACAGAAUUCAGGACUUUCUUGGAGAGAAGUCCACAGAUAUUCCCCAAACUUGCUGAUGUUUUCAACCCUCUUAUACCAUGUUUCCUAUUGGAAUAGCCUGGUGCAAGAAUGAGGUUUCAGUGUCAUGGUUUCCUGCUUCCCUCCCAGAGCACCAUAAACGACUGGUUAAAGAUCAAAGACAGGCAUAAGGAGAAGGGAAAAGGCCCCAACCACCCAUAAACAGCAUAAUUGUUCUUUGCUUAAAGGAAAGGGAACCAUUCUUCUGUAACUGUUUCCGUCAGCAGCCCAUUUCCAUCAGGCUUUAUGGACCACAUCAGGAUUCAGGAUUCUGUACAGGGCAGGGCCAGGGUUUAACCCCAGUGAUAACAAUGCCUUUGGGUGGCCCUAGCAGGCCUGAAGGGAUUGGGAGGGAAGGAGGAAAGAGAGAGAAAGAAUGUGGGGAGAGAAUAGCAAUUCCAACAAGGAGAGAGAACUGGGUAAGGGAGGAAAAGACAUGAUCAAAAAUAAAAGGACAGAAAUAGGUGCAACUGAAGUAGAGUUCUUGACUGCAUUGGGUGGCUUGCAAAUGAUUUAGUGCUUAUUGCUUAGUUCAGAUUCAAUCUAAUUUUAAAAGUUUAUAAGAUUCUGGAUGAGUCAGGAAGGGCUAUUUUGCACUUGGACUUAAUAGUGAUGAGUGCCCAGAAACGGUGAGAUUUGCUUCCCCCCACCUCUGCAAAAAAUGAUUCUACUUAUGAAAAAGAAACAUUCUGCUCUAUUGCUUCAUAGAUCUGAAUCUUAUUUUAAAUACUCUCAAUAUACAUGUAUAAAAUGUUUAUAGAUUUUUCUCUCUAAAAUUUCUCAUAUGAUUCCAGUACAUUAUUAUUAGUUUUAAGUUGAAUUCUGGGGGUCGCACCCCAGGAUUUUUGCUUCAUAUUGAACCUGGUAGUCCACUUUAUCGAGCAGAUAAGUAGGGGGAAAUAGGAAUCUAUCCUUGUGAAUGAAUGAGAAGAGAGCUGAUAUUUAAAAUUUAGCCUUAGGUUCAUGUCAUAGCUUGAUAUGCUACCACUAGAAAAUGGAGCCUGGCAAAGUUUUGGGUUCUACCUGCUUUGACGGUUCUGGGCUCGAAGGUCCCUGCUGUCAGUCCGUAGUCUGCUAAGGAUACAUGUUGCUGUGUAAACUGGCUGGUCAGUGUGGAUUGGCCUCUGGGGAUCCUGAUGCAUCUGCUCUAAUUUAGGUGGUGCAUGUCAAUCAGCUGUUCUCUGUGGUUGUGGCCAGAGGGCCACCAUAAUUUCUCUGGGUCAAUGGUAGAAAAUUGAUUCUCUAAUGUACACUGCUCCCAGAAAAUGAAACAUUUGCUUUUCAUGUAAUGCAAUAUUUUAUCUAUACCUGGUUUGGUUCAGAAGUCAAUAUAUACACACGCUUAAAUGAAAACAACUCUUCAUCUUCCCCUGUCACUUCUUAUUGUGAAAAUUUUCAUACAUGCAAAAUAAUCGAAAGAAUAAUACAAGGAACAUCUAUAUCUCCUCCACUGACGUUCAACUGUUAUUAACAUUUUGCCAUGUUGGCUUCAUGUUUUGAUCCAUCUAAUUAUAUGUCCAAAUAUUUUUAUUAUUGUUGGGCCAUUUUUCCAUUUCAUACAUCAAGUUGGUUUCAUACAUUGUGACAUUUCAUCCCUAAAAACUACAUCAUGCAUGCAGUAAGAAUAAGGACAUUUUCUUAAAGAAUCAUAGAGCCUUUAUUAUGCUGAAGAAAAUUAACGAAUGUGUUAUUAUAACAUCUUAUAUGUUGUUUAUUUUUACAUUUCCCCCAUUGUCCUAAGGAUGUUCUUUAUAGUUGUUUUUUUAAAAACCAGGAUCAAAUCAAGGUUCACACUUUACAUUUAGCUGUUAUGAAAAUGACAACUUUUCUUACCUAUUAGAGAUUCAAUAUCAGUUAUUCAAGUUCUGUUAUUCUUUCUACAGAUUUACCAGAACCUCUCACCACAGUUUUUAGGAAGAGGACUUACGUAGCAUUUCUUAUGAAAAAAAUCAUACAUAAUUAAAUGAAGAAUCUUUAAAAUAAAUACUAAGAAUAUGCUUAAAAAUUGGAAAGCAUGAACAUAGACAUUUAGAAUUAUUUUAAGAAAACAUAAAGGUUUUCUAUUUUAAUCACUACCUGAGGGCAUUUUUUAAUGGAAUGAAGUAGUGAGUACUUCUUCAGGUUAAAUAUGUUGCUUGUUUAUAUUCUCAUGUGUUUAGAGAAGAAACAAGUAUUCUGUUUGAUUUCAUGCAAAGGAGAAAACGUAUAAAAUAUAAUUUACAUGAUAUUUAAAUUUUGAUCUUUUGAUAGAACGAUCAAAGUAUAGUACACACUAGAUGUAAGAUUGGGCAUAAUACCCGUUUCGUUCCUGACGCAGCAGUGCACACUAUUAAAAUAUUUAAAAACAAACUGGUCUAUUUGAGUGCGUGCCAUGUUUUCGCAAGCCUUUAUGUUUCAUAAGCAGGCAACGGAUUCUUUAGCAUAUUUAGGAUUUUUUUCAUCACGGAACUUGCAAAGAAAUGAGGACCAGGCAAAAUUCUUAUCACUAAGAGGUGCUGAGAAAAUAACACUAGAUGAUUAGACAAAAAACAUAGCUAAUAUUUCUAUGUGAAUUUAUAUGCCAAGCUAAACUAUAAACAUUUUGCUACCCAGCAAGCCACACAAUGAGUAUAAAUCCUAAGACCAUUUGUCAAAUAAAUUAUUUAAUUUGAUGUGUGUAUAAGUCAAAAUUGCAUUUCGUAUGUCUCUGUAAAUACACAUCGGUUCUUAAAAUUUCCUGAAGGGUAUUACCACUUAGAAGUAGCAUUGCCAGUGAUUGGCCAGCUCAUGUGUUCUCACCAAAUGUCAAGUUAUAUUAGGUCUGGGGUGCCACCAAGGAGCAAUGCAAUAGUUUAACAUGACCUUGCCAAUAAUUUCCCCCCAAAAUUAUUUGGGCUGAACGUUAUUCGCAGACAUAUUUUUGUGCUGAACAUUUGUUCUGACCUGCCUACAUUUACUAUUUACUAUAUACAUAUCUUAGUCAAAUGUAUCUUUAAUUAUGGGGCUAAAAUAACACAAGUAUCGAUAUGAAUUAUCUUUAGUGAUCCUUCCAAAUAAGAUUCCCUCUCAUCAAAGAGUUUCACUUACCAUGGUUUUGGAAGACUUUAAAAAAUAAAACAGCAGGCGCUGACUGUUGUGUUUACUUUCGCUCCGGCUGUGUUUGCCUUCCCUCUCGUGAAUAUUUAUUGUCUUUCUAUUGCCUGGAAGAGGCUGGGCUGGGUGCAUCUCGUGACGAGUCACCCAGAACGGUCAGCACAGUUCCGCCAGCCUGUGUUGAGUGUGAUUAUCGAGGCCAGUGCUCCGCUGCCUCUCACAUACCAUUUCGCUGCUGGUCACUCCUCAUUAAUGCCUUUCCUAAGGGUAAUCAGAGGACCCAGAAGGAAAUUAAAUUGAAACCUGACAGUAUUUCCACCAUUAUUUUUCUUAUCUGUGGUUGGGCCUCUGAGUUUGGUUCUAGAACACUCCAAGGACUUGAGUUAUCUCAAGGAGGUUGAUGAAAUUCCUGCUAUGAAGUUAGCUUUGAUUACAAAAGAAUGUGUCAUGGCGUACAACAUGUUGUAAUUGGAGGUUUGGAGCUAGAUGGAGCUGGAGUUGAAUCCUGGCUCCAUCCUGGCCGACUGAGCCAGUCUCUGGAUUGCCAAGCAUCAGUUUCUCCAUUUAUCAAAUGGGCAUAGUAAUACUGAACCCAUAGGGCUGUGUGAGGAGUAAUGAAACACCAGGAAAGCCUGUAGCCCAGUUUACGGCACAUAGCAGACCUCCAGGACACAGUAGUGCCCUUCUUUCCUCAGUGGCACUUUUUUGAGGGGUGAAGAAAGAGUGGAGAAGGGAGAAGAGGAAGUACGUCAAUAAAUAAUAGGAACUCACUUACACCUAUUAAAAGGUUUAUGCCAAAAAUUUUCACACUGCGGGCUGCUACCCGUUAGAGGGUUAUAACCAUAAUUUAAAGAAGGAAGAAAAGGGAAUGAGAGAAGAGAAAACAUCAAAAUUCAUUUAAGUACUAAAAAGAGGAUUGUUUUGGCAAACAUUUUUUUCAGUGAUAUGGGUACAUGUGUAUACUGGAUCAUGAUGUAGAAAAUAUUUUUUAUUGGAAGUGGUGAUUGACAGGUAUGAGACACAUUAGGUUAGUUCCAUAUUCUUAAUGCCUCAUAGAUCAGAGAGCAUUGAAAGUUACUUGUAAAGUACAAUGUCAUGCAGUAAGUUUGUGAAUCCUAACAGCCAUGCUGCUGUUUGUGCCAAUCAUGCCCCACCCCACAGCUUUCCCUGGGGUUCAGUCCAGCACAGUCAUCCCACAGGUCUCAGCUCAGCAGUAAGAGACCACACCAUCCUGUGCAGGAACUAUGAGCUUACCUGUCUGUAUCCUGCAAGGGAUCUGUCCUGUGUAUCUGCAUAUCCCCUGAGCCUGGCACAUAGAUGAGAUUGGGCACAUACGGGGUGGUAUGGCCAUAGACGAGCCUGGCAUUUAGAAGGUACUUGAUAAUAUUAGGCACCUUAGUGACUAUGAGGACUGUCUUGGCCUCUGCACUUAGCCCCUAGCUUAGGAUGAGGCCCAGGCUAGUUUCUUUUGGGAAGGCAGACAGAGUUUACAUAAUCCAGAAGAACUGGAUUAGGAUGAGGCUUUGAGGAGCCUGAUCCGUGUGGACUGGUAGCCAGGGUUCACUAAGCCUGAAUAUCAAGGGAUAAAGUAUCCCGCUACUGGGACACGCUCACGUCUUCUGAUCUGUAAUGAACGUAAUGGGAAUUUACUUUCACUACUUAGAGAUUUGGUUUCAAAAUAUGACAUGUUUCUAAAAACAUUUCUUAUGAAUGCUCGUUUAUUUCCUUUUGGGCUAAAUUAGAAUUUGUACAAUGGGAAAAUAAUUCCCACCUACCAGGGACUUUAUAGAGAUUAAAUGAGGAAAUGUUUGUAAACUUGAGACUAUCGAAUAACACCUAAGGGCCCAAAUGUCAGUCCAUUGUUUUAUUUAUAAUAACAAAUGGAAAACUGUUGUCUCAUAUUUCUCCCUUAAAGAUAAAAGGUCACCUUGUUAAAAGUGACCGUUUCUAUCAAAGGAGUCUGUGGCAUGUAAGAGUUCUAGUUAUCCAUCCACUGCAGUGUGCCCGGCCUGACUUUUUAGUUACAUACCUCAUGGAAAAAAUUAGACCUUUACCCUUUCACAUAGUAUCUGACAUGAGAGGAUGACAGUUUUCUUUUUUCUUUUUUGGUUAUAAUUGGAUGAUUGAAAACAAGGCAAGGAGAUACUUUGAGCCAAAUAAAAAGGUUCCAGUGUAUAUGUAAAAUGAUCUGGUUCUUAGUUACUGUAUUGGACCAUUGGCAAUAUCUAAUGCAUUCUGGUAUCUUUUGAAGUCGUUGUAGGGAAUGAUAUUUACAAAUCACACUUUGCGUUCUGUCCUAUUUGAAAAUGUUUCUGAAAGGUGCCUUUGAUGUGUAAGUUCUGCCUGUUUAUGAUGAUGUAUUUAUUAUGGAAUGAUGUCAGAUUAGAAAAGACUUUGAGAUGAAGCCCAGCAGAUUUAUCCUAAAUCAUGGUGAAAUGCAAGGUUAAUGCGAGAUAUAGAUAUGUGUGCUUAAAGCUCUAUUGAUUAUGUGUCAAGGGCCUGUGCAAGAGUACACUUCAGUAGGUCUUCUUUAAAUGUUUUCAGAUGAGUGCUUUACAGAGUGGUUCCUAGGACAUCAAGGAGUGAGAGAGAUACAGACAUAGCCACACAUGACACCCUUGUCUUUGAAGGCUUGGAGCUCCUUCAAAUCUCUAGAGGAAGGAGAAAUCAAUUAUUUUUCUGUUCUGUUUCAGUUUUUUUUUUGAGACAGAGUCUUGCUCUGUUGCCCAGGCUGGAGUGCAAUGGUGUGAUCUUGGCUCACUGCAACCUCUGCCUCUUGGGUUGAAGUGAUUCUCCUGCUUCAGCUUCCUGAGUAGCUGGGAUUACAUGCGCCUGCCACCACAUCCAGCUAAUUUUUGUGUUUUUAGUAGAGACGGGGUUUCACCAUGCUGGCCAGGCUGAUUUGAACUCCGAACCUCAGGUGACCUGUCUGUCUCGGUCUCCCAAAGUGCUGCGAUUACAGGCAUAAGCCACCAUGACCAGCCUCUGUUUCAGUUCUUAUAGUUAGUGUUACUAGGAAGACUUUGGCUUUUAGCUUUAGGAGACCUUGUUUUUAGCAUGGGUUCUAGAAUAAUAUUUAUGAGCUGAGUACCCAGAACAUUUUAGCGACCAAGUAAAAGGAUUAUUAUUGAUUCUUCUAUGCUCAGGUUGGCUAUUUGAAUUCAGUAAUGUCCUGCUCAUGGGUCUAACAGUUCCUCAGGCCUCUCUAGUUGAACCUAAAUAUGGACACAGACCUAACCAUGAAAACAGGAAGUGAUGAGAAGAACCAGGUUGAAGCAGCAAUGAUUGUUUCUUCCAUCACUGGAAAUCCCAUAUUAAUUUUAUUUAUUCUUAGCUGUGCAUUUUUCUUGGCACAGUCUUUGAGGGAGUUGCCUUGUGUUUGACUUCUGUUUACCUUUUCACACUCUCUGUUGACUCAUUCUUAUUGAAUUCUAGGAGGAGGCAGAAGAGAACUAGUUUGAUGUGUGCAUUCUUGCACAGCAUCUGAUCGAUGACUGGACCAGUGGUCUGUUGUACUUCUCCAUCAGCUCAGUGAUCUAAAAAGCCAUUUGGAUAAAAAUCUUUGAUUAGCACUGUGAUGCUCAUUAUCCAUCAAAAGCAGGUGCAAACCAAACACAGAGAACUUGGAGAAACAGGAUGGCUGAGCUCAGCCAAGGGCCUAUAGAUCUGGGAUGUGGAGCAGGAGUUGGAUGGUUGCCUGCCAAUACUGAAUUUGGUUUUUAAAUAUGACUCCUAUAUCCAUUAAUUGAUCCAGAGUGUGAAUUCCAGCAAAUUCAGGCAACGCAUGGAGUGGCAAGAACACUGCAGCAAACACACACAUCAGUGCAGAAAGAUGUGCCCUGUAAGUAGAUGUAUUUUUGAUGGCCUGUUUGGAUAACCUGCACUGUCUUCUCCUGCUUACUCUCCCCACUAUCUGCCCAGUCUCCUGGGCUUUAUGCAUUUCCUGCCACCACAGUUACUUUCUGAAAACAUGGUUCUGAUCAUACUGUUCUCUUGCUCAAACACCUUUGAUGGCUUCGUAUUGCCUAUAGGGGGAAAAAAUUGGGUUUCUGUUAGACAUUCAGGACUUUUCACAAUCUACCUCCUCUAUCCGCUUCCAUUUAACUUCCUUCUCUCCAGCCACACUGGUCUGCUAGCUUUGAAACCUUCACCAGAUUUCUUAACCUAAGCCUCAUUAUCCUCAUCUGUAAAAUGGGUAUAAUAGACUCUACCUCAGAGGAUUAAGGAUUCAUUGGAAUAUCCAAUCUAAUAAUGAGCUUAGCAGAGUUUCAGGCACAUGGUAAGGAAUUAAAAUAAAAGUUAGAUAUAUUUAUAAUUUUCAUUAUUAUCAACAAAACACAGUGAUUUGACCCUUUACUCAUACUGUUCUUAUGCCUUCCGGCAUUGGAGUGACUUUGAUCUUUAAGGCACAUCUGUAAGGCUAUGCCUACCUUUGCAAAGAUAUUCUGAAUCUCUCAAUCAAUUAUUGAACUCUUUCUUUGUGCAUCCACUGUACUUUGCAUGCCUCAAUUACAUCACUUGUCAAAGAGCCUGCUUUGGAUUAUGGUUGCGUUUGUCUUCCCAUUUGAGUUGGUUUCCUGCUGAGAUUGGAACAUAGAUGUUCUCAGCCUGGAGUGGGAGGUGGGUUGGGGUAGGCAAGGUCAAGUCAGCCUGUAAGAGCUUUGCUCCUUGAAAGGACUACUUUGCUUCUUAAAGAGCAAGUGCGUGAGGAAUUGAGAAUGGGUGUUACAAUCCUGCAAUGCAAUUCUGAUGCCAAUCAUGUGGCGUUAGCAUCAGUUCCGCAAGUGGAGGAUACAGACCCCAACAAAAUUGCUCUCACUUCACGUCCAGGAGUCUCUAGAUCACCUACACUUUGGACCAACUGGCUGCAAAUUUAUGAGUUCCCACAACCCCUCAUAUGAUAAUUAGCUGGAACCAUUCACAGGUCUCAGGACAGUGCUGUACUUAAGAUGAUUGUUUUAGCAUAACAGUUACAAAUCAAGAUCAGCCAGAUGAAGAGACACUUAGGGCAAGGUUUGAGAGGGUCCUGGACAUGGGGCUUCCCUGUCCUUGUUCUGUGAGAUCAUGAUGUGUUAUCUUUCUGGCACAUUGAUGCAAUCAUCAACCAGGGAUCUCUACUGAACAGUAUCCAGAGUUUUUAUUGGGGUUUCAUUAUGUAGGCAUGAUUCAUUGACUCAUUGGUGAUGUGAUUAUUCAAUUGCCCCCCUUCUUCCCUGGAAAAGGUCAGCUGAUCUUAUCCGGCUCAAAGCCCCAGCCCUCUAAUCACAGAGUUGGUUUCUCUGGUACAGCCACCCCUGUACCAGAGAAACAUCUUGAUCACAUCCCCUUAGGUAUGGUCCAAGGAGCUCAUGAAUAACAAUGACAUUCCAAUUACUUGGAAAAUUUUAAGUAUUUAGAGUAUGCCUCCUAGGAACCAGGGACAAAGGCCAUUCAAAUUCUUUAUUAAACAACAGGCAUGCUUCACAUUGUCCCCAUCAAAGCUACCUUUGAUGGGUUGCCUCAUCACAUCCUGAACCUUCCCACCCCAUCAGGACAUGAAUGGUAGCCUAAAGUCCAUCAUCUUCAGUCCGUCAAUAGAAGCUGGGGAAGAUUAGAAGUAGUUUGCUGCCUGUGAACAGGAGGUGUGUGGGGGCACCUAAUCAUGGGCGGACUCUUAAUAUAACUCUCUAGAUUUUGUUUUUAUAGAUACACGAGUCUGUCCUAUUAGCAAACCGCAUUCUUGAGGUCAGGAAUCGUCCUAAUUGCCUUUGCCUACACAGCACACCUGCUGUGUGCUCAGAAACUGGCCCCCUGUUGGAACAGCUUGCCCAUCUAGCUUUACUGGGGGCAUGGUGAGUUAUUUUGGCUGUCCAAGUGAUACAGCUUAGCCUGAUUCAAGGCAUCCCCAGCCAAGAAAGCUGACUCAAUGAGAAGGAAUAGAGGAUGGGUGUGGUGGCUCACAACUAAUCCCAGCACAGAGGGAGGCUGAAGCAGAAAGAUUGCUUGAGGUCAGGAGUUCAAGGCCAGCCUGGACAACAUAGCAAGACUGUCUCUAACAAAAAUAAAAAUAAAAGAGAAGCAAUAGACCUAUCUUUCCAUGAGGAUCCAUGUGAUGAUCCCAGCUGCUGCUGGCCAUGCUUGAACUGAUAAUGCCCUUGAACAUUAUUGAGCACCUCCUCUGUUUAGGUGAAAUAUUGAAAUUUAUCUCUUGGUUACUGGUCACUGACACGCAAUGGAACAAAGGAUUACAAGAAUCAUGUUGUCUAUAAAGGUAGUCUAUGAAAAUCACUUUGUUACGACACUGUUUUCCAAAGUCUUAGGAGUGAACCAUGUGUUUACACAUCAGGCCAUAUAUGCAUUUACUGGUAAAUCACAUUUUUUUUUUUCUGGAAAUAAGUUUGAUGGUUUCAUUUCCUGAAAAUGAAAUUUAGUCGGGGAUUAAUGGAUGGUCAAUUCCUGAUGAAUGAAAGGUCUUAACAGGCUCUUGUGGAAGAAUCUUCUUUUCUCAUGUGAUUUUCCUUCAAUGUUCUGCCUUUUCUCCCACAUUUCCAGAACUUUAAAAAUAACUCCGUAGGAUCUGUGCUUCCCCCAACCCAGCCCUUCCCACCUCAUCUCUCCUUUUCUCUCUCUUUCUCUCUGUAUGAAGUCUUUUCUGUUGCCAGUGACGUAGUUCUCUGAUUCUCUUAACAUUAAGGGGAAUUCUAUUUAAAAAUUUCUAGAUGCUUACAGCACGUAAUAAUUAAGGGUUAUUCCUAUCAGAAAUAGAAACACCAUAUUAGAACAGUUCUUCCUCAGAGGCUACUAAAGAAGGAAAAUCCUAUUUAGAGGGUUUGCCUCUGUGGUCUUUUUUAAAAACAGUAGUUAUGUAAUGUCAGGUUUAAUUGGCUGUGAGUCAGGAAGCUGGUUUAUUUGUGUGCCUCUUGUGUCAUAUAUACCUGCAGGGCUGAGUGGUCCGUAAAAAGCACUUAAGAUUUGUAUACAGGGGCUGCUGCCCAGGAAGUGUCCUGCAGAAUGACAGUUUGGCAGAUGUUGAAAGAAAAGCAUAUUGUUGUUGGGUUUUUUUUCUUUAUACGGUGAUGAGUAUAUAACAGGGACUGGACAAACAUGUGUUGAUUGACUGUAAAGGGACCUUUACUCUGAAUGGGAGACAGCAGUCCCUGAUCUGAUAGCAAGCUUCCCAAGUCUGGCUUCUUUUUCUGGUCUAUAGUGGUGGGUGAGGAACAAUUGCUACCUAGGAUUUAAAAAUUAAUUCCCUAGCAGGAGAAAACAGGUGGUAACAUAAAAGAAGUCCCUGAAUGAAGGAAGGAUCAAGUAAUUCCCAGAAGAGACCAGCAGGGAAUGUUUAAGACCUUACCUGUCUGUAGCAAUGCAUAGACACGUUAGAAGUUACGUAAGUCCAGGGGUUUUGCCAAUAUGGAAUGGGGACGGGCUGAUUAUUAAAUUGUGACAGUGUGGAGCCUUGCUGUGCUAAAAGAGAAACAUGUCUAGGAGGUAAACCCAUGAAUAGAAAGAAUCUUGAAGGUGAAAAGAUAAUGGUGGACAUUUGAGUGAGAAUGAGUGAGAUGAAGAGGAAACAGCCCUGCUGCUGGGGAGACCGUGUGCCUCUUGUCCACGUUUGAAAUGUAAUGGAGGCUUUUUCAGUGAACUAGCUGUUGAAGGUUUAAGAGAGAAUACUGGUUGGAGCCGAGUGUGGUGGCUCACGCCUGUAAUCCCAGCACUUUGAGAGGCUGAGGCGGGCAGAUCAUGAGGUCAGGAGUUCUAGACCAGCCUGGCCAACAUGGUGAAACCCUGUCUCUACUAAAAAUAGAAAAAAAUUAGCCAGGCAUGGUGGUGGAUGCCUGUAAUCUCAGCUACUUGGGAGGAUGAGGCAGGAGAAUUGCUUGAAAUUGGGAGGUGGAGGUUUCAGUUAGCCGAAAUUACGCUGCUGCACUCUUGAGCCUGGGUGACAAAAGCAAAACUCCAUCUCAAAAAGAAAAAGAAACAAAGAGAUUAUCAGUUGGUUUUUUGCUUUGCUUUUGUGGACAGCAUCACUGCUUUCAAGCUGCUUUGCACUGAAUUUGGAAAACAAGUAAGGACUGGUUGAUAGGGCAGCAGUUGUGGGAACUUUAGAACAAGUGUUCUCUGUUAUGUUGAAGUUCGCAAGAGCAACAGAAGGAUUCACACCACAUGGAGAGUUUAAGAAGGCCUUCAAAUGGUGUAGGGGAAGAAGGAAGGGCUGUGCUUGUUCACAGAAUCUUAGGUUCUCAGAAACUCUGCAAUAAAUAAUUUGGGCCAUAUCCCUGUGACUGGUCCAGUCAUUAGCUCACAGUUAGCCUUUAAUAAAGAUUUACUGAAUAAACAAAAGAAGAAAUAAGAAAAAAACAUGGCUCAAGUCAGAUAGAAGACUUUGAAAAAUAAAAUUCUGAUCAAAAAAGUGUUAAUUCUUUCAGAGUUUCAGAGAGAGAAACAGGGAAUACAUCUUUUAACAAAAGGGUGGAGGAAAAGCAUCACAGGACAUCCCUUGGGAGCUUUCUAAGCUCAGAUGAGCCUAACACACAGUUUAAAAGACAGAUGACUGAGUGUUCAAAGAUGGCAGACACAGUAAGGACGGGAUCAGGGAAGCCCAAGCCGUGCUUGUGAACAAUUCUAAAGACAGAGUGGGUUUCAAAAGUGCUUAUAUUCUAAGAAAACAGUGAAACCCUGGCUUGGGGAGGAUAAUUGUGAUAAUAAAUGGUGAUAGGAAAAAUUCCUAUUUAGCUUGUACACAAUUUCUACUUAGCUUUUAUCCUUUCAACGAAGAAGAACAAAUUUACAACUAGAAAAGAUCCAAAAACAUCAUUAAGAAAUCAAAGUAAAAGUUCGGAGAGCCAAUAGUCAGAUAGCAUCAAGUCGUUUUGAGUUGCGUUAAAUACAUUUGAAUCUCUCCAUCCAGAGGGUGGCAUCUUAGGAACCUGAGAACACCCUGUAGAUGUGAUCUUGGAACUGAGUCACUGGAAUCAUGUCCCUUAACAGUGAGAGUGGAUGUGGUAGGGGAGUGAAGGGACCAUUCCCUUUUGGGCUCAGGUUUAGUUACUUUACCUUGACGCCCCUCAGUUUUCUCACCUAUAAAAUGGUGAUGUUGUCUCAGCCCCUCUGCAAAAUGAGCAUUCUGUGUCUCAGUUGCUGAUAAUAAUAGUAUUUCCCGGGCUGGGCACGGUGGCUCAGCCUGUAAUCCCAGCACUUUGGGAGGCUGAGGCGGGUGGAUCACGAGGUCGAGAGAUCGAGACCAUCCUGGUCAACAUGGUGAAACCCUGUCUCUACUAAAAAUACAAAAAAUUAGCUGGGCACGGUGGCACGUGCCUGUAAUCCCAGCUACUCAGGAGGCUGAGGCAGGAGAAUUGCCUGAACCCAGGAGGCGGAGGUUGCGGUGAGCCAAGAUCGUGCCAUUGCAGGAGCAAAACUUCAUCUUAAAAAAAAAAGAGUAUUUCCCACUUCUUCUGGUUACUGCAAGGAAUAAAUAAGAUAAUCUACGUAAAUAAUUCACAUAGAGUAGACACUGUAUAGAAGUUGGCUAUCAUUACUACUGCCUAUUCUCUUUGAGAAAUUGUCAGCAAAAGAAAGCUUUAAGGAUGGGAAAACAUCCCAAGUUUUAGAAAGGGGAAGAGGGGAAUUGUAGAAAUUAUAGCCUAAUUGAUGUGACAUUAAUUCCUGGCAAAAUUCCCACAUGGAUGAGUACAGGAUGGUUUGUGAAGACUUCAAAAUAAAAAGUCCUUAUAGGUUCUGUCAUAGUUUGCUAGGCUUGCUGUGGCAAAGUACCAUAAAUGGGGUGGCUUAAAUAACCAAAAAAAGCUGGAGGAAAAGCAUCACAGGACAUCCCUUGGGAGCUUUCUAAGCUCAGAUGAGCCUAACACACAGUUUAAAAGACAGAUGACUGGGUGUUCGAAGAUGGCAGACACAGUAAGGACGGGAUCAGGGAAGCCCAAGCCGUGCUUGUGAACAAUUCUAAAGACAGAGUGGGUUUCAAAAGUGCUUAUAUUCUAAGAAAACAGUGGAACUCUGGCUUGGGGGGGGGAUAAUUGUGAUUAGAUGGUGACAGGAAAAAACUUGUUGUCUCAUGGUUCUGGGGGCUUAAAGUCCCAAAUCAAGGUGUCCGUAGGAUUGGUUUCUUCUGGGGGCUGUAAGGGAAGAAUUUGCUUCCAGCCUCUUGCCUUGGCUUCUGUUGAAUAGAUGGCCAGCCGUCUUAUUCCAGUGUCUUCACAUUAACUUCCCUUCCUGCGUGUCUGUGUCUGUCUCGUUUCAUAAGUACACCAGCCAUCUUGCAUUAGGGCCCACACCUGUGACGUCAUCUAACUUGAUUACCUCAGCAAAGGCCCUAUCUCCAAAUAAGGUCACAGUCCCAGGUCUGUGGGGUUAGGACUCUAAUGCACUUUUUGGCCUGCAAUACAUACACGAUUCAACCUCAACAGGUUCACUAAGAAAAAGUCAAACAGAGCAAAAUUAACUGUGUUUUUGAUGCUAGAGAAGAAAGGAAAUAUAUGCACAGUGAACUUCAGAAUUUUUGAAAACAAAUUCAAAGCUGUUAUUUAUUUAUUUUUUGAGAUGGAACUUCACUCUGAUACCCAGGCUGGAGUGCAGUGGCACCAUCUCGGCUCACUGCAGCCUCCACUUCCCAGGCUCAAGUGAUCCUCCCACCUCAGUCUCCUGAGUAGCUGGGACUUACAGGCAUGUGCCACCAUACCCAGCUAAUUUUUUGUAUUUUUGGUAGAGAUGGGUUUCACCAUGUUGCCCAGGCUGGUCUAGAACUCCUGACCUCAAGUGAUCCACCCACCUGAGCCUCCCAAAGUGCUUGGAUUACAGGUGUGAGCUGCCGCACCCAGCCUCAAUGCUGUUAAUUUUUUUGUAUAUCAAUGACACCUCAAUAAAGCUUAAAAAAGAUUAGUGUUAAAAAAAAGUGAAGCAAUAAUAGAGAGGUUUUCUGAAUUACAAGUUGGCUACAGUGUCUGUUUCUUCCUUUGACACGCAUAUUUUCAUGAUUUCACUAGUAUUUUCAAGGAGUAAUAAUCUUUUUCUCUUUCACCCAGGACCUUUACUUUGUGACAUUAUGUACUUAGUAAGCUUGUAAAACAAUUAGAAAAUUGUUGUCUGAUAGAUUGUUCUUGCUUGUAGGAGAAUGGUAUUGAAAUAUUCAUAAGGAAAUGAAUUUCAGUUUCAAAUGACAAGAAGAAAUAUGGUUUCAAAUUUUAUAGAAAAUGACACAGUUCUUGCUUUAUUUUAAAAAGCAGGGGGAAAAACUCAUGAUUGUGACCUUGGCUCUAGUUCAAUAUACAGAUUUUAAUGUGGGGAUUUAUAAUCUUAAUAUUCCUGCAAUUUAGGAUUUGUACUUCAAUUUCACAAUUUAAUUAUUAAUUUUCUCAUGAAACUUUCUCAGAUAGCUGCACUUUCUCAAAACUUCUUUUAUUAUUUUAUUAAGUAAUGAAGGAUUCUAUCUGUAUUUCAAGAGUUAGUGAAAUAGACUUUUGUGACUGCCAUUUUUUGUAAAUGGGCUCCUAAAAAAAGCGUGAAGGCAGCAUAGUUAUGUCCCAUGAUAAGAACUGGGUUGGUCUUGCUUUGUUUUCAGUAGACAAACUCCCUGGUUAGGCUAUUCUCCCAGUGAACUUUAUUACCUGAUAGAAAUCUUAUCCACCAAUUGAAUUACUUUGUGUUUUGAAAACAGCAUUCUUCUUCCUUGCUUGCUCCUGACUUGGAAAACAAAUCCCAAACACACCGCUCUCUUUUCAUCCUCAUAAUCAGAUCUUAGCUUUCAAUGCCUCCUAAAUACCGUCGAGUUAAUUUUUUGAUAACUCUUUGUCCAUUUGUACAAAAGCACAUUUGUGCUUUUUGGCCCCGUGGUUACAACCACACUGAAAAGAUGCCAAAUGGAAAACUCUCUUGGUCUUUAAAGAAAGGGCAAAACUACUUCUCCCAAAUGACAUGAGUAGAACUUCUCCUGUCCCUCAAUAAAUGGAUUUGGGUACUUUUCUUCUUUCCUUAGAGUUCCUACUGAUUCUUUCUAUUUUACCACUUGAGUGGCCAGAAAAGUUAAAAUGGACAUUUUUAACUUUUCUAAAAACUGUUGUUUCAAAAUAUGACGUCUGGACCCUGCUGGAGACUGUUAGAGCUGUCCCCCAUAUGGCUUUUGAGGGGUGGAAAUGAUCAGUGGGCAGGGGCCAACUCCAUCUCUUGGGGCCUCUGUCUUUGUCAUGCAAUGGGGGAUAAUCUCUGCAGAGGAAUUGUCAGGAAGAAAAGAGAAAAAGGGUAAUUAUGAAGAACUGGGGGCUGGGCUCAGUGGCUCAUGCCUGUAAUCCCAGCACUUUGGGAGGCCGAGGCGGGCAGAUCGCCUGGGGUCAGGAGUUCAAGACCAGCCUGGCCAACAUGGUGAAACCCCGUUUCUACUAAAAAUACAAAAAAUUACCCAGGCAUAGUGGGCACACCUGUAAUACCAGCUAGUUGGGAGGCUGAGGCUGGAUAAUCGCUUAAACCCUGAAGGCAGAAGUUGCAGUGAGCUGAGAUCAUGCCAUUGCACUCCAGCUUGGGCAACAAGUGUGAAAUUCCAUCUAAAAAAAAAAAAAAAAAGAACUGGGCACAGCUCAAUAAAUGGGAACACAUAUGACUGCGUGAUAGUACUUUUCCAACAGCCCUCCCUUGCCCAGUCAGUUUUCUUUCUGGAACCAGGCAAUGUUUUCCCUAUUUCACUCUUCUAGUCUUUUCAAGUGUGUCAAUUGUUUGAGCUGUAGCAGUGCAGUGAUGCCCACUGAUGACCUGGGUUUUGAAUGUGACUUUGAAAGUUGAAGUUUUGCCUUAUUACAGGCACAGCACUCAAGAUUUCCAAAGUACUCGUGUAUAAAGUGAAAUGAGUCAGACACAGAAAGAGAAACAUUGCAUGUUCUCUCACAAGAGAGUCUUGCUCUGUCACCAGGCUGGAGUGCAGUGGUGCAAUCUCGGCUCACUGCAACCUUUGCCUACUGGGUUCAAGUGAUUCUUCCGCCUCAGCCUCCCAAGUAGCUAGGACCACAGGUGUGUGCCACAACGCCUGGCUAAUUUUUUGUAUUUUUAGUAGAGACGGGGUUUCACCAUGUUGGCCAGGAUGGUCUUGAUUUCUUGACCUCGCGAUUUGCCGGCCUUGGCCUCCCAAAGUGCAAUUUUUUUUUUUUUUUUUAAAGAUGAUGUCUCUCUCUGUCACUCAGGUUGGAGUGCAGUGGCACAAUCUUGGCUCACUGCAACCUCUCUCUCCCAGGUCCAAGCAAUUCUGCCUCAACCACCCAAGUAACUGGGAUUACAGGUGUGUGUAAUCAUGCCUGACUGAUUUUUGUAUUUUUAGUAGAGAGGCUGUUUUGCCAUGUUGGCCAGGCUGGUCUCGAACUCCUGACCUCAGGUGAUCCGCUGCCUCGGCCUCCCAAAGUGUUGGGAUUACAGGCAUGAGCCACUGCACGAGGUCCAUGAUGUGAUUAUUAUUCAUUGCAUGCCCGUAUCAAAACAUCUCAUGUACCCCACAAACAUAUAUACCUACUAUGUACCCACAAAGAUUAAAAUAAAAAAAUUCAAUGUCUGUAAUCCCAGCACUUUGGGAAGCCAAGGCAGGCAGAUCACGAGGUCAGGAGUUCAAGAUCAGCCUGGCCAACAUGGUGAAACCCUGUCUCUACUAAAAAUUAAAAAAAUAGCUGGGCAUGGUGGUGCGUGCCUGUAAUCUCAGCUACUUGGGAAGCUGAGGCAGUAGAAUUGCUUGAACUAGGACCCAGAAGGCAGAGGUUGCAGUGAGCCAAGCCGGCGCCACUCCAGCCUGGGCUACAGAGCAAGAAUCUGUCUCAGAAAAAAAAAAAAAAAAAUUCAAAAAGUACUCCUGUAUAUAUUUCACAUUGGAAUGCAUUUUCAAAUUAUUUUAGAUUCUGUCUAAAAUUUGGAUGUGGAAUAAGAGUUAAUAAAGACAGCCAAUAAAGAGACUCCAGGCGAUGAAGAUUUAUUUUACAAUGUUGAUAACUGAGGAAAGUGCACAUCCAGCAUCUCUAACGUUUUGAAUAAUAUGGAGAGUUUGUGUUGCUGUUUUUGAGGGCUGUGCUACUUUUCCCAUAUUCUGUUUCAUAUUGUGAAUUUCUAGACACAGGUGCUAUUGAGACCUAUGAGCAGAAGACAUAAAAAUUCAAUGUUAUAGCUUGUGGCUCCUUUUUUUUUUUUUUAAGAGACAGAGUCUUACUCUGACAUCCAGGCUGGAGUGCAGUGGUGUGAUCUCGGCUCACUGCAACCUCCACCUCCCAGGUUCAAGCAAUUCUCCUGCCUCAGCCUCCCCAGAAGCUGAGAUUACAGGUGUACACCACCAUGCCUGGCUGAUUUUUGUAUUUUUAGUAGAGAUGGGGUUUCACCAUGUUGGCCAGGCUGGUCUUGAAUUCCUGACCUCAGGUGAUCUGGCCUCCCAAAGUGCUGGGAUUACAGAUAUGAGCCACUGCACCCAGCCUGUGGCUUACUUUUAAAUUUGAUUUUAGUGUUUGCAUUAAAGAAAAUUUAUUCUCUGUAUGGUAUUAAUAAUACAAGGAGUUCUCCUCUGAACUGGAGAAUUGUUCUUUUCAUAAUUUAGCCACGUUUUUGGAAAUAGUUUCCCCAAAACACUGACUCAGGUGGAAUAGAUUUCUGGAAAAUAUAUAUAUCAUGUCUGUGUUCAUUACGGACUUUUCUAUUUUGCCCAUUCUAUUUUGUUCAUGUGGUCUUAUUUCAUUUUGCAUCAUUUAACAAAUAUAACAAGGUCCUACAUCAUCCUUUUAAGAUGUAAAGACUUAUAUUUAUUUCUAUAUAUAUUUUUAUUUUAAGAACUUAAUUUAUGGCUGGGCAUGGUGGCUCACACCUAUAAUCCCAGCACUUUGGGAGGCUGAGGUGGGUGGAUUACCUGAGGUCAGGAGUUUGAGAUCAGCCUCGCUGACAUAGUGAAACCCUGUCUCCAUUAAAAAUACAAAAAAUUGGGCUGGGUUUAGUGGCUCACACCGGUAAUCCCAGCACUUAGGGACACUGAGGCAGGCAGAUCAUGAGGUCAGGAGUUUGAUACCAGCCUGACCAACGUGGUGAAACCCCAUCUCUACUAAAAAUACAAAAAUUCGGUGGGUUUGGUGGUGUGAGCCCAUAAUCUCAGCUAUUCAGGAGGCUGAGGCAGGAGAAUCACUUGAACCUGGGAGGCAGAGUUUGCAGUGAGCUGAGAUAGUGCCACUGUACUCCCGCAUGGGUGACAGAGCAAGACUUCGUUCCCUCCCUCAAAAAAAUUAAAAAGAGUAAAAAAUAAAUAAAAAUACAAAAAAAAAAUUAGCCAGGCAUAAUGGCAGGUACCUGUAAUCCCAGCUACUCGGGAGGCUGAGGCAGGAGAAUCACUUGAACCCAGGAGGUGGAGGUUGCAGUGAGCGAAGAUCACACCAUUGUACUCCAGCCAGGAUGACAGAGCGAAACUCUGUUUCAAGGAAAAAAAAAAAAGAAUUUAAUUUAUAAUACAUUAGCCUUUGCAGCCUGCUAUAUAGGGUGGCCAUUUAGAGUCAGACUUAUUUCUUUUUGAGCUCUAGACUCACAUGGGAAAUUGCUUUAUCUCUCCAACCUCAAUUUUGUUAUCUGUGAAAUGGGGAUAAUAUUAAAUAAUAGCAUCUACUGCCAAGAGUCAUUGAGAGGUUUACAUGAGAUAAUGUAAAUAAAGUGCCUGACUCAUAAAUAUUACUUAUUUUCACAAUCUUUGCACAGUUGUGAGCUAGAAGGCCCAUGGUGUAGGGUAGACAAUUUUGGCCUAGCAGACUGGUGUUCUGGGAUUCUCAGCCAGAAAAAAUCCACCAAGUCUGAAAAGGGAGGUUGAGACCAAGGAGAUCAAGACUUCGGUUCUAAGUACAUAAGGUGGCGCCAGUUUUCUGUGGGGGUUAUUCUAUUAUUCAUGUUGCAACAAACAAGGAAAUUGAUAUACAGUUGCUUUUUUCAAGGUCACUUUUCACUUUAGAAGAAUAAGUAAGGGAAAUAGUGUGUUAACUGGAUUUCUGGACUACAGCUUGACCCAUUCAUUAGUCUUUCUUUUCUAUCCAAACAAAGUUAAAUUACUGUUCUGAGGUUCUUAUAUUCAGAGUGGAGUUUGUGCUUGAACCAAGUAUAAUGUUACUUGAUGUGCAAUUGGGCAGAAUAGUUAGAAAUUUGGAUGAAAUUUUAUCCUCUUCCUGUUUCUUUUUGCCUUUUCUUGUUCUGGAUUUUUUUUUCUUUUUGUCUUAGACAGGGUCUUGCUCUGUUUCCUAGGCUGGAGUUCUGUGGCACAAUCAUAGCUCACUGUAACCUCGAACUCCUGGGCUCACGUGAUCCCCCUACCUCAGUGUCCCGUGGAUUUAUGUUGAGGUUUGUCAGUGUCGGAUACUGUUGUCCUUGUAGCCUAUGAUGUGAGGAAAAGCUCAGGGGCAUUGUGUAACAUUGGGAAAUGGAGGUGGGGAGAUGCUCAUUAGAUGCUUUUGAAAUUCUGGGGGCUAAUGGAUUUUAAAUAUUAUACUGGAGUCACUGUCUUUGGGGUCAAACCUAUGAGAUUAAUUAAUGAUCAUUGGAAGUCAAGGGGUGGCCAGACAGAUGAGUCUGAAAGAGAAUCCAUCAUGGACUGCUCUGUGUUGGUUGGAAGUAAGAUCAGACUUGACUCUGCCUGCAUCCCUAGCAGGCCCUGGAAGGCUCGCCUUCUCUGUCCCAUUUCUGCAUAGCGGGAAUGCACUCACUCCUUCAUUUAUUAUUCAGUGAUGAUAAAAUUCAUUUGUUCAUUUACUUAAUGUUGACAGAGCCUCUCCUGUGAAUCAGGCUCUGUCCUAAGUACUUGGAAUACGUCAAUGAACAAAGUAGAGGAAAAAUCCUGCCCUCAUGGAGCUUCUUAGUGGAAAGAAGUAGACAGAAACCAAAUGAAACAAUAAGCGAAAUAUUAGAAAUGGAUAUGUUCUAUAGAGAAAAAUCAAGCAGGGGCAGGGAUAAGUUUCUCUAGGUUGGGCAGGGGGUUGGAGGGCAGUUUGCAAUUUUGCAUAAGUUGGCCAGGGAAGCCUACUUCUCACAUUGGAGCAAAACCUGGUACAGGCAACAGAAUAGCAAGGGCACGGAGUGAAGCUGGGGCAUGUGGGAAAAGCCAGCCAGGCAAGAAGCCUGCCAGGAAGGGAGGAAGAGGCCUGGGGACGGUGGGGACCCAACAAGGCCUGUAAGCCAUUACAGGGACUGCAGAAUCUGGGCAGCUCUGACUGAGGGGGCAGCUGCUGGGGUAUUGAGCAGAGGAGUGAUGUGAUGUGUGGCUUAGAUUUUUAGUUUUUUUUCACUUUAGCUGCUGUAAAAUUAAAGCAUUAAUGGACUAAAAAAGGGCUUUUAUGUGUGUGCGCAUGUGUGUGCACUAAAGGGACAGUCACAUAUUUACUGUAAUGGUAUCUCCUUGGGUGUAAACAAGAGUGCAUUUUGUCAUUAAAAUGACCCAAGAGUUAGCAUGAGGGAAUUGGGCCCCCUGGGAGUUUCUAGGACAUGAGUGUCAGAAGAAAGUGGUGACGCAGGAGGUUGCUGUCAUCAUCAGUGACAAAGUCAUGACCGUUGACUGGAGCAGGGUGAAUUACAUGGUGUGUGUUGCUAUAUGCGCAAAAACGUAUCUUUUAUUUCAUGAAUAAGAUUUUGGCCUAGAUUGCUUUAGAGGGAACUUGGAAAAAUCCUGCAGAAGAAUUGAAUCUUGUUUAUUUCUCCAAAAAUGACUUCAGCUCCUUUCUUUGCUCUCCCUCAUUUCAUCCUUCCCAUCUCUGCCCUUCAGUGACGAGCAGAGGUCAGGGAAUUGCCCUGACAGACCGUAUAUUUCUGAGUGGUGGUCAUUAAUUUUCCUUGGCUUGGCUGAGGAAACAUUCCUGUCACCUCUUUUGAACACUGAGCACCACCUUGGUGUGAAUGAGUUUUGACAACGGAACCUUGUUCUGCAGCCAGGGUUGAAGAAGUUGGCGAAAUUCCACUUCCUAUUAAUUUUCUUGUACAAUUUGGACACCUAGGAAAACAUCUGAAGAAAGUUUUCAUUUUGUGAGCUAAUAAUAAAUGCCAUAAUGUGGUGUGCCAGGCUGUUGGCUUUGGGUACGACUUUUGUACAGAAGGUGUGCAAAGAAUGAUUCCUGGAAAGGUUAAUUAGGAACAUGUAAUGAUUCUGUCUUUUAAACUCUUGAAACAUGGAAAUGGAUUUACACAGAUAAUAAUUCUGAAGUUUUCACAUCUCAUUUUUAUAUUUGUCAAACAUCCCCACCAGUUUCUUUUCUUGGCGGUGCAAAUGUUUGGAGAUAUGUUGUAUGUUUUUCAGCACGUGUGACUUCGUGUUUUUCUUCACAUACUGUAGUUGGGCAAGUCCGGGGUUGGAGCCUCACUGGGUAGAGUCCCAGCCAUCAUUUCAGCUUUAAUUGGUUGUAAAAUAUUAGCAGGAAGGCAAAGUUAUUUUACACCAAAGUGACUUUUUUGGGAAGUAGCAAGUUAAAUUUUAUGGUAGCAGCUGUUCUGAGCAGAAUUUGUUGGAAAGUUGAUGAGAAGCGAAAGCUUCCAACAGUCCGAUAUAAAUCGUUAGUUUAAAAAAGAUGCACACCACACAUUAACGAGGCUAUGGAAGUAGAGAAAAAUAUUUUUGGUCCAUAUUUUAUUUAUUUAUUUUGUAAAUAAUUUAAAAAUGAGGCCUUCGUUAUUUUAUACUUCAGUCUUAGUCUUUCAGAAAUAAUCAUUGCUCUGAUUUUGCAGUGGGAGCCUUUAUUUAGUUUAGAAGUCAAUAAUGAUAUGCUUAAAAAGGAACAUAACUUAGCAGAGAACCUCCCUAAAGGGAGAGUUCUGAGUGGAAAAAACACAAACUGUUUUUCCUCCGCUUUUACCCCACAGCAAUCGACACAGAAGGAUUCUGUGACCAGAUGUGUGAGGGAUUUUCCCACGCAUACCAAGCAAAUGAUCAGUUCUGCAGUGGACACCAGCUGGGUGUCCUCUGAUUCAAUUCUGACCCUGUCUGCCUGGAGAUAGCACCAGAUCCCACAGAUUGAGGGCUCAGUCCCACAAGACUGCCCCACCAACCACUUCUGAUGUCAAUCUCAAGCUCCACUUGGCUUUAUUUGUGCUUGUGACCCACUGGCUAUUAAUCAGGGUCCUUAUGACCCUCUCCUUGGGUUCUGUAAAUCUGCUAGAACCACUCUGCUAGAGUGGUUCACAUAACUCAGGGAGACCCUUACUUAGUUUACUGGUUUAUUAGAAAGACUAUUACAUGCCAGGCAUGAUACCUUAUGCCUAUAAUCCCAGCACUCUGGGAGGCUGAGACAGGCAGAUCACUUGGGGUCUGGAGUUUGAGACAAGCCUGGCCAACAUGGUGAAAAUAUCUAUUAAAUAAAUUGGUAUCUACUAAAUAAAUAAAAAUUAUCUGUGUGUGGUGGCGUGUGCCUGUAGUCCCACCUAUACUCAGGAGGCUGAAGUGAGAGAAUCGCUUGAACCCGGGAGGCAGAGAUUGCAGUGAGCCGAGAUCGUACCACUGUACUCCACCUGUGUGGCAGAGAGAAACUCUGUCUCAAAAACAAAACAAAACAAAAAAGACUAUUACAAAGGAUACUGAUGAGGAGGUGCAUAGUGUGAAGGAGGGGUGCAGAGCUUCCAUGCCCUCUCCUGCUGCACCCCCUCUAGGAACAGCUGUCCAGGAGUUCUCACUACUGUGUUCUCUUGGAGACUUCACUGGAUAGGUGUGAUUGAAGUGUGAACACCCAUGGAGAAAUGUGAUUAGACACAGAAGGGAUGAAUAGUGCUAAUAGAUGGAGUGGGGAAACCCAGCGAGACCUGUCCUUUCAGGUUUUUCUUGGCCCCUCUGUGCAGCAUUCUUUCCUCCUGGGCAUGGGGCAGGACCCCUUCUGAAAUGGGAGUCUUAGGACCCACAAUCAAAGAGUGGAGUUCAGAGAUGGAAAGGUAGGGGAAGGUGAGAGCAUAUUUUUAGUUUCUAUGGCCUGUCUUGCGGAGAAAAAGGAGCAGGCAAAAGGAGGCCAUGUUAAAGGUCUCUCUGAGAGAGAGAUUCUGUUUUCUGAGGCCUAAAGCACCCCAACAUUCUAAAACAGGACUGUCUUUCACCUUCAUCACUCUGACGCUGUUCCAAAGCUGCUUUGGGAACCACAGAGGAAAGGCCACAUACUUUAACAGAAGAGACACUUAUUUUUUCAGUCAGUUAGGAAAUAGCAAGGGUCCUGGAAGUGAUGAGCCCUGAACCAUGGAUAAAAACCAAUGUACAUAUUUCAUAGUAUCAUGGGAGUAUACUGGAUAAGUCAUUUGAGAGGGAGCUGGGACAUUUGCAUGUGUUAUUAUCUUUCUAGAACUUUCUCCCACCACACACCUUUGUCUUGUUGAUGCCUAUUUGUUAGUCCUCAGCUGUCAACAGGGAUUCCUUUUCCGGUCUGGCAAAUUCUCUCUACUGUAAACUCUUCUAGCCUUGUGUAGUUCUUCUUAGUUCUCAUUUUAUAUUUAUUUGAGUAAUUCUUUAUUCUCUGAACUCCAUGAGAUAAAGGAGAGUGCCGUUAUUUAUUUAUUUUUUUGACAUUAUUAUAUCGUCACCACCUAAAAGCAAUGCCUGGCAUGGUGAUACAUAUCUGUGAUUGAUGAAUAUUUGUUUCAUGGAGGAAUCCGUGAGUGAAUUGAAUUUGACUGGCUACAGGAAGGCCAGUACAAAGAUCAUGCCUGCAGCCUCAAGUCCAAAUACCAAAGGGGCCAGGCAGCUAAGGUAAAUGGGUGAAGCAGACUGUGAGGAACUUGAGUUGCUCUGGGCAACCGGAUAGAAUGUUCUGGACAGGUGCCUACUUGGUGGAUGUUCUCUUAUUCCUUCUGUGGAGGCGGAUUCUUCUUACUCAGGGAUGUAGGCUCCAACUGUGGUAAACUUCAAAGACUUCCGGGGAAGAUAGGACUUACUGAGUAGAGAAGACUGAGGAAACUUACACUACUCUUCAUUUAAGUCUUUCUAGAACCCACAGCAAUGGUGACUGAAAGAGGAAAUCAUGAGAUUUUAUUAACAGCUGCUGCAGAAAUAUUAUUGGAAAGAUAGAGGCACAGCUUCCCUUGCUUUUUCCUUCUGACUUGAAGAGUCACUGGAGGCCUCAGGCACUUCUGAAAUCUUGAGUGGAAAGAGCUGUUUGGCAGAGAGGACCUUGUGGGCCCAUGGAAAUCAAGAAGCCAUUGAUUUUCUGUGCAGAAUCCUGCACUGACUAAAGCCCUAAGGCCUGUCUCCCAGAGCUUCACUAGCUGUUCAGUCAGAUAAUUGUGUCUGAAUUGAUUCUGAAAAUAAUAGACCAGCCAUAAAGCAGCAUAAAAUGUUAUGAAACUACUCCAGAAGUUCAGUAAUAUCUUUGGGACCUGCUCAUAGCCCAAAUUUGUGAAUACUUCUGUAGUUAAAAAAAUAUUUUUACUUUGCCAGGGCAUUGCAAUUCUUUUCCAUCAGCGAAUUUCACUCUAUGGUCUUUUUAGAGUAUCUCAUAAUCAGUCAACAAAUCUAUUUCAAAUGUGUUUGUUGCUAAGCAACGGUUGCUAAGAGCUUCUGUAAUUAAGAUGAAAGUUCCAAGGUAACAAUGCCCAAACACAGCACCAGUUUCACCAUUUUCUGAUAAUGCAGGAGUAGGAUGUCUAAAAGGGAAAGAAGAAUCUACAAGAGCAUGGCACCUGAAAUUUCUGAAGAUAUUGGCUGUCCUGUAGCUUAUAUGAGAGAGAAUUUAUGUUUGUGUUUUAUUAAUCAGCCAGUCAUCUUUUUUUCUGGUGUGGCUGAAAUGUAAAUUCCAGACAUGAAUAGGCCUGGGAAGGCAGAAUGGAGAGUGGAGAAGGGCCUGAGGCCUCCCAGGGAGCUGGUCGGGGAGACCAGAAGGCUGCAAAGCUGGCCAACGUUUGCCAGGUGGCUGCGGAGAGUCAGCUUCAGUCCCUACAAGCCAUCCAUCCAGGCAGCUCCUGAACCAGAUCCAGGCACCUGGGCCAAGUCCCCAAGGCUGUCUCUGGGACCAGAAGGUAUAACCAAAGGGAAGCAUGGAUUUAAAUUCCAGGACAUAAAAGAAAAGUUCAGCGUACCUAAGAAGGUGCUGAAAAUGACUUUUUUGUCAAUGUCUGAAGGACACUGUCUUAUACUAAACCAUAUACAAUAAAAUUUUAAAUGAGCCUGAGUUCUGUUUUUAUUCAUGCCCUGUGGAGCGCAUGUGACUUCAAAGGCAGCUCUGUAGGGUGCAGGGAGGAACGAGUGCGCUUUUAUUUCUCAUUUUGGGACAAAUCCAUCAAACUAUUUUUGAUGGCUAGGAAACAAAACUUACAUUCCCUCUAAAUUCAUCGCAUUUGCCAGAUCCACCUUUGUUUUUUCUACAGUAAUGGUUUCUACUUCUUCAACCUUUGCAUUUCUCCUACUUUGAGGCUUUAUUUAGCAGGAAAAAGGCAAGAAUGAUGCUAGAAGAUUUCAAGGGAAGCCUUAAAUAGCCCAGUUCAUUAAGCGGUUCCCUCUGCAACUUCUCAUUUCUUCUCCCCAACCCCCAAUUUAAAACAGUUGUUUGUAAGACUUUUAAACAUGAAACAUCCCUUUCAUAGGAGUCAUGAUGUAAAAAGGAGCUCCUGGUUUCAUUUCAAUGUGAUGGGACCCCUUGGUGAUGAGCAAAUAUAGCUUCAACCUAAUGCAUGUGCACAGUGGCUGUGUGUGUGUCAGUGCAAUUCUGUCUCUUCUUUUCCACCUCAGGACUGUUCCUUAUGGCUUGUUUUUGAGAUAUUUCCUUCCUGAUCUGUCUUUGUGCUGCCUUGCCCUGUCACCCCUCAACUCUACACAUCAGGGAGACUGAUGCAGGCUGUGCUGUUUUAAUUUCUUUUUUCUUUUUUAGAGAUGUGGUCUUGCUCUGCUUCACAGGCUGGAGCACAGUCCUGUGAUCAUAGCUCACUGCAGCCUCAGACUCCUGGGCUCAAACGUCCUCCUGCUCUGUCUCCUGAGUAGUGGGGACUACAGGUGUAUGCCACCAUGCCUGGCUAACUUUUAAAACAUAUAUUUUUGGUGGAGAUGGGGUCUCGCUAUGUUGCCCAGACUGGUCUCAAAGUCCUGGCCUUCAAGCAAUCCUCCCACUUCAGCCUCCCAAAGCGCUGGGAUUCCAGAUAUGACCCACUGUACUCAGCCUUGUUUUUAUUUCUUUUGGACUGUUUGUUUCUGAUCAUUUUUAUUGCUCUUUUCCAGACUCUACAUUCCCCAUCCUCUUUGAAACUCUGAAUCCUGAUGUUCAAAUCAGUUUGGGUGGUGGGUUCUGCCUAACUUGUUAAAGAGUGAUUCUACUGAGCCCGAAGUGGUUGGUCUCAUUGUGUUAGGGUAUUUUGACAGCUCAGGGAAAAACUGCCACUCUAUGAGCAUUUAUCACUUCUCCUAAGGAAAAAAGACCCAGGCCUGAUUAUAAUGGGUCAGCAGGUGGAGGAGAAGAUAUUAUUAGCUUUGAUGACUUUGAUAUUGGACUUCUUUUCAUUCCUGCAUUAGUAACUCAUAACUAAUUGAUCUUUUCCCUAAUCUUCAUUAGUGAUGUUGCUUAAAUUAUAAAGAACAGUAAUACAGUAUUAGUAAUAGUUCCAUCAGUAUGCUAAAAGCUUUAUCUCCUUUUACUCCUUCAUUUUUAAUCCAAAUAGGACCUUCCCUGAAGGAUUGGGUUAUGAGUACAAUGAAUUUAAGUUGGUCUAGUAUGCAAUAUUAUGAUUUAAAAGCUUUUCUCAAUGGCCAAGUGGAUAAGGAAUUCUAUGAAAUUCUACAAAUACCAAGAGGUAUUUCAGUCAUUUAUAAAUAUUGUCUACCUUCUGUAUGCAUAAAAUGUCAUAGAUUGGUGCCAGCAAACAAACACACAUAUCACCCAUGAAGACUGGCCUCAAAGAACUUACUGGUACAUUCUAGAAGA